CAGUGGAUCUCUAAAAACUACUACUGGAUCUAACUCUCGACCGGUGGUUUCUUCUCAACCGCGUUAGACACGUGUAAACUCAUUACUGGUGUGUAAACUACUCAGUUACUGGCGUUCCUAAUUGUUACAAACUGCUGGCGUCUAUAUAUAGUGUGUAAUUUUAUUUGUGAGACUAUAAUUACUGAAUUUUCCCUUAAAAAAAUUACUGAUAAAAUGACCCGAAAAUUAACCGAAAACGAAACUGUGAAGUUGGUCCAGCUAUAUAAAGAGCAAGAAUGCUUAUGGAACACAAGAAAUGAUAACUAUAAAAGUAGAGAAGUCCGUAUGUGUGCUUUAAAAAGAAUUCAGGAAGGAAUGGAAAAUUUAGAACUGAGUACUGACGAUAUCAAAGCGAAAAUAAAAAGCAUUAGGGGUACGUACUACUUAGAGCUUGACAAAAUUGAAAAAUCUGCGAGGUCUGGCGGGAACGUUUAUGUACCAAAAGUAAAAUGGUUUAAAGAUUUAAAUGGUUUUCUUAAAUCUGUGUCAGUAAGACGAAAAAUUACGGAUGAUAUGGUAGAAAUCACAUAUAUGCCAGGUUCACCACCCUCGGAAAAUGAGUCCGCUAGAAAUGCCACGGUCGAUCCGCUAGAAAUGCCACCAGCUACAUUCCCAAAAAAAACAAUAAUUAGUCCAUCUUCUAUAAGAUCGAAUAGAAGCCAAUUGGCAGAAAUAUCAUCAGUGGUCCAAGACUUGAAAGAUAUACGUGAUAGAAGUUUGCCGAUUUUUAAUGAAACGGAUUAUGAUCUCUUCUGCAAAUGCGUUGCGUCGCAGUUAAAAAAACUGUCAGAGGAGCAGGCGUCGAUUGCGCAAGAACAGAUCCAGAGCGUAUUAACACAAUGCAAGCUUGCUGAUUCGCGCCAUAGAUUCAAACGCGACAUAGAUUCAAAACCGUAUAAAUAUUCUUUUCAGUAAUGCUUAGUUUCAAUUAUUUAUAUCAGGGUUGGCUAAUAUCAUGAUAUUUAUAUAAAUAUCAAAUAUCGGAUAUACAGGGUGGUCCGAACUGUAUUCCGGAAA